CGUGUGACGAUUUUGAUCGAUUUUAAACGGCGUAGAACAAGAAGUUACUCGAAAAGACACAAAGAUCCCCGGAUGGAAUGGUUAGAAAGCGAGCUGAGAUAGGCCGAACGAAUCUCAUUUCAACUACUAUUUCCAUUUCUUAUUUCUUUCGUGGUUGUUUGCUAGCGAGUGGGAGAGAAUGACCCCAAUUGCUCGUGGUUUUUGUUCUGCUCGAUCUGUUUUCUACUCGUUUUUUCCAUUUCCUUGCGGACGGUGAGCAAUAAUCGAGUGUUUUCCCACUUCUUUUCCAAAACUUCCACGAUCACCCUAGUCUCCUGUUUUGUCCAGACUCUAUGUACUACACCCUGCACCGUUCGUAUUGUCUUUCGUAUACGAGCGCGCAAGAUUUACAGCCAAGAUGUGUCGGUAGCGUUCGGGGUCGUGUAGAAGUCACAGAGCAAAGAAGACGUGCGAAACAAAAAAAAACUACACACGAGAGGACAGGGGAAGCGAACGUAAGAGCAUACAUAUUAUCUGAUAAAUAAAUAGCAAAAGCAAGAAAGGAAACACAGUUUGCAAAUAAGUGUAAAAUUGAUUAAUUGAUAAGUAAUAUAAUUUUAUGCAUUAUUAGACAAAAUACACACACACAAAACAGCUUGAUGAUACGUCAAAGAGGUAGGGCGUUGGAGGGAAAGCCGAAAGGAGCAGCGAUGGGUACGAACAAAGCCAGAGGGGAAACACAGAGAGGGAGAGAGCGAGAGAGAGAGAGAGAGAUAGGAGUAACUUAAAAUAGGCAAAGGCCGAUUCGGGGAAGGGAAAACCAAAUGGGUGGCAAUGACAAAAAUUAAAACAAACAUAUUUCUACGCAUUAUUACAAGCAAGCGUUGAGCAAACAAACAAAUGUUGAUUCGUCCCGCGUACCGUGGAUAAAGUUUACUACAAAAAAAAUACGCAAACACACAUACACACAAAGAGACGUAACACACGAGAAAAACACACAAACACAUCGUAUGACAUUAUCCGAAAAGGGCACACGUACACACCACACUACACAAAGCAAACUACAGUUAUCACAAAGCGUAUAAGGCAAAUGUAAGGCAUCCGCUAUCGAAUAUUCCCAAGUGUUUGUGUACUUUUAAAAACGGUUUUCAGCCAAACCGACAACGCUGCACGUACGUACAUUACGCGCACAUGCAGAUAUGAGAAACAGUGUAGCUCUAUCCUUCAUCAAUAUCUAAACGAUCAUUUACGCAAAAACACAAAUUUUCUGUAUCUGUUGGGCAUCACCGCACGCCGGUUACUAUUCCUUGCAAUCCGAAAAAGAACCCCUCCAAUUUCCCACCUCUUUUGUUCACACCACUCUGCCCCCACAAUUGUGCUACCAGUUUUUCAGUGUACUAUUACUGUUCCAAGACCUCAUCUACUGUUGCAUCACUCACAGAAUGCGCCACAAAUUUAAAGCAAUAUCACGCUUUUGGGCGGACACACCAAUAUUGUGCCCUCUAUUCGAUACUCUCAUCUUCCUGCACACCUGUUUGUCCCUUUCGCAUUGUUUCGCUUCCCGACAGGAGAGGCAUAAACGUAAAAGAACAUGUAACAAAACGUUAAACUAUCCUCCAAAAGAAGUAAACGAUAGCACGCAAUAACAAAACGGGGGCAAACAAACAUACGAACAAACGAAAUGAACGAACAGCAUGUUUCAAUCAUCGCCACCAAAACAACAAAACGAGGAUAGAGAAACAAAAGCCGAAAAAGGGGAAGGGAAAAUACAUUACUCAAAACUCUACUGUGUUACGCGAUCUGAGAAGAGAAGAAUGUUUUGUCUACUACCAAUUUUACUGCUAUUAAAAGAAAAGGGCGAAGAAGCAAACGCUAAAAUAAAAGUUUUUAAAAUCUGUUCUCCUAUUCUAAAACUGAAUUCUCUUCAACUUUUCGUGUUGUUUCGUUACGCUGUCACACCUUUUGCGUCCCGUACUGAUAUCAAGUUGUCUUUUGUUUUACUUUCUUUGUUUUUCCUUCUUGCUUGUUCUGUUUCUCCUAUCUACUUGGCUCUCUACCACUUUCCGUGUCUUGUUUGUUGUCUGUGGCUAUCCUUUUCUCGUUCUCUGUUGUGCACUUUCUAUCUCAUCCUCAAUUGUCCUUCCUACAAGGAACGUAUAAGGCUGUUUUGUAGAUCCUCCAGCAUCGUUGUCUUUUUCUAAGAACUGAGUGGGGAAUAAAAGCAAAAAAUUAAGCAUUUUCUAGUUAGCUCAAAAACUAAACAUCUCGCUAAAAACGGAACUGUUCAUCUAGCGAUCACUGAUCGCAUGUCUAUUGCAAAGAGCAGACAGCACUAAACAUCACUGCAAGUUAUAUAUUAAAGAAGAAGAAAAAAAACACAUUAUAACAAAAUAAAAAUAAACCCUUGUCCGUUCAAACACCAUCCGGUAAGGUACGAAAAGCACACAGAAAGAAAGGAGUCCCAAAGGGGUCCCAAAACGGAUGAGCGCGAAAUAAAAUUCUAGUGGGAAUUUAAUGACAUUCUUGGGCAUUGGGAAGAGACAUAACACACGCACGUCGCACAUUGAACAACAAUGUGUAAACAAAUUAUGUAAGCAAACUUAAGCAAGGAAACAAAUUAUCUUGGGCAGUGUGUACUUUUUAGGUGUAGCAUUUCUUUCAAAUAUUUUCUUAUCGAUAAAAAAAACAUGAACCAAGAGAAAGGAGCAGAACGAGACAAGCAUAAUACAAAUUAGCAUUUGGUGCAUUGCUCCGUGGAGGGAAAGUGUGAGUGUGUCAGAGGUUUAAGACAUGCACUGGAGACACUGGAAGAGGCUACUAGCACUGUUACAAUGAUGUUGCGCAAAACAACCUUACACGCGCCCAGUUACUGAAUGCAGAAGAGGUAAACGUGGCAUUACGACAAAGACGAGAAGAAAAAAACGAGUGGAUCAUCUUUACAAUCGAUACAAAGAAGUGCUUGCACGGGAAAGUCAUGGGAAAACAUUGAUAAAACAAAAAGGCAAACCAACAUAAAAGUAACAAAACAAAACAAUCUAUGAUUAAAUCAAUAUUUAAGCAAAUUUAUUAAACGAUAUUUAAGCGAUUAAUUGACUACAAAGGCAACACAUAAAGGAAGCUGCGUGUGCAAAUGCGCUAUAAAAGAAGGUUUAAUGAAAGCAGAAAACAACAUGAAACAAAACAAAAACAAAGCGAAAGCGGGCAAAAUUGAGUAACAUCCAACACGCAAAGGACAACUGUUUGAACUUUGUAGGGGAUUACGGAAGCAAACAUUAUUCUCUCACACGUACAAAGGUACAAAUACAUUUACCUACACACACACACACACACACACACACUCACUACAAGCAUCACAAACGAACAUUCUUUCUAACGUUUAUCUCCACGUUUGAGCAAGCAAAAGAAAAGAAACACAAAACGGAUAGGGGUAACAUGAAACAAGAAGUAACAAAAUAUAAAGAAAGUUGUUAAAAUAUUCAAAGAACAAAAAGCAAAAACAUGCAACAAAACAAGCAAACCACAAAUCAUCUCUAGCUGUGUUUUCAUCAAUUAAAAGAAAAGCGAAGCAAAAUAAAGAAACACAACCAAGAUGCUAGUCGUACCGUGCGUUUUUUACCCGUUUCUUGAGUUCAAUGUUUUGUUAGUUUGUGGUGUCGUCUCAGAUCGCCAUCUGAUGGAUGUGGGGGGGAGGGAAGAGAAGCCGUUGUUCUUAUUUUCUUCCCGAAAGCUGGCGAGUGUUCGAGUGUACGUUAGUAGCGCUAUUGUCCAUCAGUUUUCUGCUAUUUUAUGUUGAUCAAGUUGUUUUAAUGUCGAUGGUAAAUGAUUGGAAUCGAAUCGAAGACGCCUUCACAAGGGACAAAUCGCCUGCCAGCAACGCGAUCUGGUUGGGGUAAAGCGAUCAGAUCGACCAGAACCAGGAGCUGUGUGCUCGAGAUAAGGGCUCGGAGAUAUAAAGCGCAACACGUCUGGCAGGCAUGGAACAAUUUAUUGGAAAAGGUCCACCAAAGACCAUGGUGAUAUAGGAUGUAUCCCCGAGGGGGAAUAGCAAAACAAAACAAAACAAAAAACGAUUGAAUUAAAACUCCCAUACCGUAACCACCCGAAACUAAAAUAGCUAACUGAAAUGUGCAAAACAAACAUGAAACGGACAAAAAAAACUUUGAAAGUUAAAUAAAUCUAACAUGUAAAUCACAACACUCUAAAGACUUCAGUUUACUUGCUAAGUUCCAUCUAUCUACAUCUACUAAAAACGAAACUAAAAGCAAAUAUAUCAUUGUGAGCGUUUUUCCGUUUUACAGUUUUGUAAAUCUAUAAGAGCCACGUGUUGUAGAGAUGUACCUACAAAGGAUAUUAAAGCAUAACAUAUUACACAAAGCAACACAAAAAAAAAGAUGUGUGAGCACGAGCAGAAGUUAGCAAAACAUUGAUGAUGCGAAAAGCACAACUGAGCUAAGCGAAACGCAAUUAGAUAAAACAAAACAAAUGUGCAUUUGUGUACUGUACUCAAACAAGCGGAUUGUUAAAAUUAUACAAUUUAAAGCGACAAAUGCACACAAAUGCAUUCAACUAUGCCAUCUUUCCUCUCCCUUUUGUCCGGUUUAGCUCUCUAGGUUUAGCCGUAAGAGUUGCAACCAAUCCAGCAGCUGCCGGAAACAGGCCAGCGCAGGCAGCAAAGGGAAAUGUGUUAACGUGAAUAGAAACAAAACCCAGACAUAAUGUAUAUCUUUUUUAAAUAUAUUUAUGAAAUAUAUUUGCAAACUCUAGACACAUUAUUGUAACGAAAAUAAAGCUACACAUUCAUUGAUCAUUGAACUAGAACAUUGUUGAUUGAGCAACUUGGGUAGGAAAGUGGUGGGGAGAAGUGGCUGACAAAGCAGAGCUACAGAACGGUACACGGUAUGGAUUUUUAACCAAUGCGUCAAAUCUGCAGAACAUCAAUCGGACAGCGGUUCCAUUUAGUGCACACUACACUUAACCGAAAGCCCGUGCGUUAUGAUGCAUACGAGACGAGGAACAACAUACACACAUACACAAACACAUCUACAUAUAAUGAUCACGUAAGCAUACAAAAUAUUAGCAAAAACCUAGUUACUAGUUAAGUCGAAGUAAAGCGGCGGAAGGAGACGAACAAACAAUUUGAAAGUAACAGGAUGACAUGGAGUAAAUAAGUGGAGCAGUGAACGCGCGUUGAUGCUAUUGGCCCACGUUAUGAUACCAAUAAGCCGACAAAAACGCACCUUUUUGACACACUGUUGUGCUGUGCUACUUAAACAAUUGUUACUCAAUAAAUUGAAACAUUGUAGAACGAAACUCGAACAUAAAAGCAACAAACUACUACUACUACUACUAUCGCACUGCGGCGCAUCGUACUACACUGAGCGACUAAAAAAAAACAUUUACGCGAAAUCAUAUAGUGUCAGAUUGAACAAAAAAAAACAUAAGUUAACUGGGAGUCAUAGAUAAGCAACAAAAGCAACAUCACUCAUAGAAAUUUAAAACACGUAGACAGUUAACCAUCCUUCCUGUGCAUUAGUGUGUGUGUGUGUAUUUUUUUAAAUCUCACUUAGUAGAUUGAACUCUAAACUACCCAGAGCGCACUAACUUUCCGUACAACUAAUGAACCCUAAUCUUAUCACCAUAGUAGCACCCAAGAUUACUAUUUUCCAAAAAAAAACGAUAAAUCAAAACACACUCGCAUUAAAAAAAAAAACACGAGCAACAUACAUGCAUUUAUGUUCUUUUUAGACUCCAAAAACAAACACAAAAAAACGAACACAAAAUGGAAAAGAAAAUAAAACGCUACAUACAACUAAUUGCGUGUUUUCUCGAGAGUUAAGAAAAGUACUUACAAAAAAGAAACUAUACGCUUGUGUACAACACGCACCAACCAAAAUUUUUCGCCUCUUUACUAUACUUCAUCUUUCCUUAAGCGAUCCUUCUCUUUUCUAACUAGUAACUAACUAACUGCGAGCGUGGAGAAGGUAAAACACAUUACUGAUACACUAGCAACUUAAUGCAUCGUCCUUAAUAAUAAUUCAAAAUCAAACACAUGCAUACAAACACAGACAGGCAGACAGACAAACGAGAAGAAGAGAACAACAAACAAAUCUAACAAAAGAACCAUAAAGCACGCAUUGGAGAAAACCAAAAAACAUUGAGAGAAAAGACAAACACUGUAUUAGACAGGAGACAAAACGGAGAGAAAGAGAGAGAUAGAGAAGAAGAAGAAGAAAUAACAAAACAAAACACUAAUGUUAAGAUACCCCCCCACUGAUACCAAAGCACACAUUAGAUGUCUUAACCGUUUCCGUUCUAUUCUGCACCGGUUGCGCAUCUCCGUUGUUGCAUUGUGCAAGGCGUUUACAUACUUCCGAAACAACAACAAACACAUUUGUUGUUCCUUUUUUCCCUCUACUCCUUCCUCGAUCGUACGACACAGCACGCACGUAGAAAGAAAGUGCUUAUCUCGUCUUAUGUUCUACAAGAACAGCAGCAACCAAAAAAAAAA